AGAGCUGGAAUUGGCGACUUCGGUUUUAGCAAGGAUGGCGGCGGCCGCAGCGAGUCGAGGAAUCGGGGCAAAGCUGGGCCUGCGUGAGAUUCGCAUCCACUUAUGUCAGCGCUCGCCUGGCAGCCAGGGCGUCAGGGACUUCAUUGAGAAACGCUAUGUGGAGCUGAAGAAGGCGAAUCCCGACCUACCCAUCCUAAUCCGCGAAUGCUCCGAUGUGCAGCCCAAGCUCUGGGCCCGCUACGCAUUUGGCCAAGAGAAGAAUGUCCCUUUGAACAACUUCAGUGCUGAUCAGGUAACCAGAGCCCUGGAGAACGUGCUAAAGCCUGAAGCCUCCACUGAGGAUUAAGAGCAACAGCCCCAGAGCCUGGGCUCUGCUGGACUUAGUAUAAUGUGAAAAAAAUGUGUUCUCCUAUUCCUCAUAAAGCUUGUGCUGUAAAAUA